UUUUGAAGGUCGUUGAGGAGGCGCGUGGUUGGUCCUGUUGUCAAUGGGUAUAGGUUCGUUUUGCUUCGAAUAUUCCGUGAUGAAGGAUAACUAGAAACUUUAAUUAGUUCCGCAGACGAAAACACUGAUGAGGCCACUCAGGCUCAACAGGAAGCAAUUGAAAGAGAUAUGAAGUCUACAUGUCUAAUUUCGACAAUCCUCCCACUUUCAACACUCGAUGAGGACUUCACCGGCCAUUCAGUCUACUUAGAAAAACUAAAGCUUAUGAAACAAAAUUACCGAGGGAUUCGUCGACUUCGACGUGAUGGAAACUGUUUUUAUCGGGCGUUUGGUUUUGCGUACAUAGAGUACUUGCUAAAUGGCAAACUCAUCAAGGAAGCUGGGAGAUUCAAGAAAAAAUGUGACGAGUGUAAAGAUACACUAAUUGCUAAUGGCUAUACACAAUUUACUGUGGAGGAUUUUCAUGAACAGUUCGUUGGAAUGGUGGAUCGAUUCACUGUGGAUGGUGGUACAUUGGAAGAAUUAGAAGAAGUAUUCAAUGAUCAAGCCUAUUCAGAUUAUUAUGUUGUAUUUUUACGACUUUUAGUUUCUGCAUACAUUCAAAAGAAAGCUGGAUACUUUGUGAAUUUUAUUGAUGAGGGUAAAACAAUCAAUCAGUUUUGUGAAACAGAAGUUGAACCAAUGGCUCGUGAAUCAGAUAAUAUACAUGUAGCUGCUUUAGCAUUAGCUGUAGAAUUACCUAUUUACGUAGAAAAUUGUCAACAAUCAGGUGAAUUAAAUCGUAUCGAAUUUCCUGCCUAUAGUGAUUUAAUUGAUAAUACCGGUGAACCAACCAGUGGGAAUGAUGAUACUGUUCACGGUGACAAAGAAGUACCUGACAAAAAUGAUUCAUGCAUUAAUACUUAUAAUAAAGGGAAUAAUAGUCAACCACCAGUGACAUUGUUGUACAGACCAGGUCAUUAUGAUAUCCUAUAUCCUAAUUCAUGAGACCGAGAAAAAAAACCGACCAACCAACUAAGUACCAAAAAAUUGACAAGAGAUUCAAAUGAAGUGUUGAAUAAUAAUAAUAAUUAUAACGCUUUGUAUUUUAUUGAUAUAUAAUAAUGCAGUAGAGAUCUUGAUGUUUCGAAUGUGUGUUUACUCUCCUCCUAAUUUCGAUUAAUUUUCAAAGGUAGAAUUGUCUUCUUUUUCUUUUUGUGUGUGUGUGUGUAUGUGUAUGUGUAUUUCUGGGGAUUAUUUGCUUUCUUUCUUUUUUUAUAAUGUAAUGUAAUGAUGCUUUUUUUUUCAUCAAGAAGUAAAAACAAACAGAACUCAAUUGACAAUAUAAUAUCUCUUUUAUGAUAA